UUUAUUUUCAGAAAGUCUAAGAAUGAAAACUGAAAUUAUAUUUCUCUGAUGUGGAAGACAUGAAAUUUAAUGAUUCGAAGAAUUAACUAGUUUCUGGUGGAUCUUGAAAAAAUUUCUUUAAAAAAUGGAGAUUCUACAUAAAGUAUAUUGGUGUGAUCAGUGUUCCUAUGCUGCGGCUAAAAUGUCGAAUCUAAAAAGACACAAGGACAGUUUACAUCUUGGAUUAAAGUAUCCCUGUGACAAGUGUGAUUAUGAAGCAACCACAUCAUCUAGUCUAAAAGUGCAUAUGAGUAGCAAACACGAUGGAAUUAAGUAUCCCUGUGAUCAAUGUGACCAUGUUGCGCUGACAACAGCUAAUUUAAAAGUUCACAAAGACGGUCAACACGAUGGGAUAAGAUAUCCCUGUGAUCAUUGUGAUUAUAAAGCAAAAAGACCUUUCGAUUUAAAAAGACACCAAGAAAGGAUGGAAAAGCGAGGUAAACAUCCUCAGUCUACAUCUUCUCUGAAAAAUUCUAAAACGAAAAAAAGAAGACUCGAUGAAGCAAAUUUUGAAACUUUCCCCGAUGAAGAAUUACAAAUGAAGGUUGAAGUUUUAAUCACAGAAGAAGAUGAAAAUGGGAAUGAAGAGGAAAAGGAAAAAAACGGUUCAGAGGAAAGUGAAAAUAAAGAUAAGAAUGAAACCGAAGGAGAUGGAAACGAGAAUUCUGAAAUUGAAAAGAAAGAUAAAGUUGAAGUAUUGAUUGCUGGCGAAGAUAUUUAUUAACUGAGUUGUUGUGGAGACAGCUGAAUGUAAACAGGAAUAAUUCCAGGGGGGUUGAGCUCCCUCUUCAUCCCCUGAAAGCCUCUGUUAAUAGGCAGAGUAAGGCAUGAUGCAACCCUACAAGUUUUAUUGUAUGAGUUAUAAUCCAUUUUAGAAAUAUCUUUAGAUUAUUUUUGAGAAAGUUUUAAGUUGCACAG